CUAUCACUCUCGUUACUUUCUUUCAUCUGAAAUAACGUUUUAUGGAAUUAUAUGUAACAUUUGGGAAUGAAUCUCAAAAUUCCAACACGUCUUGAAUGCAGCAUUUGUACGACUUCCUCCAGUCUCGCGCAAACUCACAUCGUUGUAGAAUGCGGAUUUCUAUGCUAACUUUACUAGCUAGCCCCUUUUGCUAAAAACAAGCACUUAGCUGGGACUUUUGCCUGGGUUAACAUGUCUAAAUGCACGCACCCGAUACCCCCAUUAUCCUCAUCAGGGACUACCGGUGGUCAUUCGUCGUCCUCGUCGUCUUCGUCCGCUGGGGGCUCGACCUCUCCCGCAACCGUGUUGAACGUUCAGCCCGAAAAACCCCAACACUACACAUAUCUCAAGGAAUUCCGAACGGAGCAGUGUCCCCUCUUUGUACAGCAUAAAUGUACACAACACCGGCCUUUUUCCUGUUUCCACUGGCACUUCUUGAACCAAAGGCGUCGCAGGCCCGUGAGAAGACGGGACGGAACAUUCAACUACAGUCCAGAUGUCUACUGUACCAAAUAUGACGAGGGAACGGGAACCUGUCCUGACGGAGAUGAGUGUGCCUUUUUACAUCGGACAGCCGGAGACACGGAACGAAGGUAUCACCUCCGCUACUAUAAGACGGGAUCUUGCAUUCACGAAACGGAUACAAAAGGCCACUGCAGCAAAAACGGCUGCCAUUGUGCUUUUGCGCACGGUUCACACGACUUGCGCAGCCCUGUGUAUGAUGUCAGGGAAGCGCAGGUCGUUGAGUGUCAAGGUGGCGCGGGGCCCUCCGAAGGAGCCGGAGGAGACGCGCAGGCGGCGAGUACGGCGCUCAUCGAGAAGAUUCUGAGCGAGGAACCGCGCUGGCAAGAUAACAACUACGUGUUGUCCCACUACAAGACGGAACUGUGCAAGAAGCCGCCGCGCUUGUGUCGUCAAGGUUACGCCUGCCCGUAUUAUCAUAACAGCAAAGACAGGCGGCGCAGCCCACAUAAGCACAAAUACAGAGCUUUGCCUUGUCCGGCUGUCAAACUCAGCGAGGAGUGGGGCGAUCCCAGCAAAUGUCAGUGCGCCGAGGGAUGUCAGUAUUGCCACACGAGAACGGAACAACAGUUCCAUCCUGAGAUUUACAAGUCCACAAAGUGUAAUGACAUGCAACAGUGCGGCAGCUGUCCCCGAGGACCCUUUUGUGCUUUUGCUCAUGUUGAAACUUUUGUCUUCGAGGAGUCCUUCUCCUACCCCAGAUCCCCCCCACCACAACCCGGUCCCGUGGAGGAGCUCGCAGACUCCAGAGGACACAAUAAGGGCCCGGCUCGUGGCUCUGAUCCCUUCUCGCCCCCUGCCGGGUCGCAUGUUGCUGAGCGAAGCCUGCUGGGUAGUGUGCUAAGUUUGUGUGAGGACAUGAGGGGAGCAGCUGAGCCUUUGUCUCCUUGGGCUGGUGAAGGAGGCUAUGGCAGGGCGCCUGGAUUUGAGAGGGAGGAUCAGGCUAAACAAAGAAGCUUUGCGCUGGAGCAGCGCAGCAGGGAAGUGACAUCAGCGCCAAGCAGUAAACAGGAUCUACUGGUUUUUCUACCAGUAGGCAGCCCUUUAAGCCUGUCAUCCAGCAUCCCCUCCAGUCUGGCGGCAACCCCGCCAAGCCCCGCCCCCCUCGGACCGCCAAGCGUGGCAUCAGGCAUGAACGCCAACGCCUUGCCCUUCUAUCCCACCAGUGAGACUGUGGAGUCUGUUGUGGAGUCGGCGCUGGAUGAUCUUGACCUGAAUGAUUUUGGUGCUUCAGCAUUGGAGAGUAGUUCAAGUUUGCCGCGGGUGGGAGUGAGGCCUGGUGGGAAGCGGCUUCAGAGUUCUGCCCCAGUCAACAUCCCGGGAUCCUUUAGCGCACCAGCUCCUUUUAGCUCUCCUUCGCCGUCCCCGCCGAUCAGACCACGCGCUUCUCCAUUCUUCUCCACUCAGCUCUCCCAACCUGGCCAACAAGAGAGCCCCUUCCUGGGCCCAUCUCAUAGCUCCUUAGGUCUCAAUGGUAUGAGCAGUCACAUCUGGGAGCACUUCCCCUCAGGGCAGGGCUCCCCUGGCACCCCCCCUGCCUUGAUGCCCUCCGGCCCUUGCACAGAGACGUCCAGGCUCAAACAGGAACUCGAGGAGGCUCACAGGGCGCUGAAGCAGUGGGGACACAGCUGGAAACACACAGCUCAGUCGUGGGCCGCGCUGAAAGCAGACGCUGAGGAGUCGCGUGCCCUCGCGGGACGCUUGGCCGCGGAGGCCGAGAGAUCCAGGCAUUGUGAGGAGGAGGUGCAGAGGCAAUCUUCUCUCCUGGAGGAAGCGCUGGAGACCCUGAGGAGUGGAGACCACCCCCACCUAUCAUUACACCAGCUCCAGAUGCUCCACAGACUUCCUUUGGAAUCCAUCCUCAGUCUGCAGGCACAACUCUGCAGCUGCUUACACACCGUGGAACAGGUGGUGUACAAGAAGCAGAGGCAGUGUUGCGUGUCAUGUGGAGAGCAGGGCUCCGUCUCCCUGCCCUGCGGCCAUGGACUACAUUGCGAGAGCUGCUCGACAACCACCACGUGCCCCCUUUGUCCUGAAGCCGCACUGGAGCAGAAGCAGCAACAACAGCAGCAGCUCUCUUGACCCUUGGGACCGGUCGAACCACCGCGCCGCCGUGGAAAUUCCACGUGGGUCAGUCCUGAUUCCUCAACUACCAGCCGUAGCCGUGGCAGACUUUGCCCAGGUUCUUUGUUUUUACUGCAACAAAUGAUUCCUGACAGAUGAUCAUUUGAUGAGGUGUACAGUGAACUCUUGCAAAAAUCCCUCCAUUUUGGACAUCUAGCCCCCCAAAACUGCCCAAAGAUACCACCAGAUGGUGAUAAAGCACUUCGCUCCUCAACAUAAUAAAAACGAUACAUUUUAUUUGCAAGGCGCCUUUCAAGGUCGCCGUACAAACAUAAAAUAGCAUACACAAUUCAAAGAAAGAGUCGAGUUCCUUGGCACCAAGUUGGCACCAAGUUGGCACCGAAGCAAUAGUUCUAUUUUAGACAUGGCUGCAAAACAGCAAAGAGGUGGGACUUGCCCACUCAAUCUCAAAUGCGGGGGUUCACUGUACUCACAGUGAAUUCUAUUUCCAGUCAUACCAGGGGGAAGGAACACCAGUAUCAGUAUAUUUGAAGAGCUAUCGCUCAUGACCAGCAACACUGGAAUU